AUGAAUCGUUUGACAAAAUGGUUGCAGAAAGAUCAAGAAGAGGCCGUCACGAGAAACAGUCGAAGAGCCAUGAUGAUGUCUGCCGCUGCCUUGCAAAUCCAAGAGCUGGAAGAUGAGGAUUCACAAUGGGGUGGUUCCUUAGAAGGUCGUACUUAUAAGGCCAGGGAUCGAGAGAUUAUGGAUCUUCGACUCAAAGCUCAAUACUUCACGGAUCCGUGCAGGAUGAUGCGCGAUGUGGCCAACUACGACCCAUAUUUUGUUCAGACAAGAGAUGCUACUGGGAGAGUCAGCUUGUCCACUGAACAAAAGCUUACAUGCGCCAUGAGGAUGCCCGUGUAUGGCAUCACAGCUGACUUCUGCGAUGAUUACCUAGAUAUUACGAAGUCCACUGCUAUUGAGAUUUUUGAGCACUUCACGAAAGCAAUCUGGAAUGUGUACCAUGAGACUUACCUCCGCCAACCAACACCGGCAGAUUUGCGACGGCUACUCGACAAAGCUGCAGAAAGGGGAUUCCCGGGGAUGAUCGGGAGCCUUGAUUGUAUGCAUUGGCAGUGGAAAAAUUGCCUCAGCGGAUGGGCAGGGCAGUAUACUGGCUACAAGGGGAAGCCGACAAUCAUCUUGGAAGCCGUGGCCUCCUACGAUACUUGGAUUUGGAACGCCUUCUUUGGACUUCCAGGUUCCCUGAAUGAUAUUAACGUCCUUGGAUGUUCACCGUUGUUCAAUGAUGCCUGCCUUGGUGAAACCCCUGAAGUGAGCUACCAGGUAAGUAAUAGGCACUAUGGCCAAACUUAUUACCUAGUUGAUGGCAUAUAUCCUAAAUGGGGGUCAUUCGUACAAGCAAUUAGAAACCCAAGGAGUCCGCAGACACAACAAUUCACAAGGAUGCAGGAAGCAUACAGAAAAGAUGUGGAGAGAGCAUUUGGUAUUCUCCAAGCUCGUUGGGCAAUCAUAAGAGGACCAGCUCGUGGGUGGAGUAAAGAGAACCUUCAAUACAUCAUGAUGACGUGUAUUAUCUUGCACAAUAUGAUUGUUGAAGAUGAACAUGAUGAAGAUGCAGCAGAGCCAUUUGAUCCAGAUGAUAUCCCAACCAGACCAAGAAAAGCAGAGAUAUAUGCCAGACCAGUAAUUGACACCGAUGUUGAUCGCAAUCCGCAACAACUAAAUCAAUUCUUGCGUCGUUAUAGGAAGGUUAGAUGUCCAGUGAUGAAUAAAAACCUCCAAGACGAUCUAGUCGAUCACCUAUGGACCAUGAAGCUACAAGCUGAUCAAAACAGCCAGUGA